AUGAAUUAGUCCUUGUUUGAAAGUAAUUUUAUCAAUAAGCAGCAUAUUUGUGAAUAUUUUGGAAAUGUGGUUUUAUUAGCAACUGAUUAUUUAGGGGAGACUGUCUUAAUCUUUUGCAAUGGUGAAAUACUAACCUAUUAGUUGAUUUAGUAGAAAUAAUGGGUGAAUACUUCUUUAUUGAAGGUGACUCCUUAACCAGAAAUAUUAUCACUUAAUGAUUACAGGUUAUAAUUAAGUGGGAAUGGACGUAAGUUCUUCCUUCUGCAAGUCGAUGAUCGACACGAAUUCAAUGUAUCAAUUUGGCAUCGAGGUCACAAAGCCAAAUGGAUAUUCUAACAGAGUUUAAAACUCAUUUCACAUAGCAGUUUCAUGUCAAUAAAUUUAUCUGGAGAUGCCCUUAUGAUUAGGCAAUCUAACAGGAUAAUACUUUGGGAAUUCAAUUAACCAUAAACCAAGAUCGCUCGAAGAUAAUCCUUACCUUUUGAGACCUAUUUAGCUUACUUCAAUGAGAAUAAUAAUGUUAUAGCAGCAAAAGUGAAAAACAGUGUAGCUCUUCUAAAAAAACUCAAUUGUAUGUGGGUUAAGUAUUAGAAUAUAAAGACCGAAUAGGUAGCUUAUAUGCAAUUUUACAAAAACAAGUUGAUUAUAAUGAGUCAUUUCUUAUAAAUUUACAAGAUGAAUGAAUAGUUACACUUUCAGCUGGACAAAAAAAUAAAUUCUAAAUUUUUUAAUAAUGAACCACAGUUCUGCUUAUAUAUGGGAUCAAUAGUUCUCGCUUAAUUGUCAUCUUAGGAUUUAGAGUAUCAUAAAUUAGAAAACAAUGUUUGGUUGUAAGACGAGGAGUAUAUUACUGGAAGAUUUGAGGCACAAUAGAUAGUGUAAUCGAAGGACAAGAAAAAAUUGUUCUUUUAUCGAAAACGAUUUGGUGGAAUAGUUUUCGAGAAGAAAAAUAAAAUUAAAUAGAAAAUUUAAGAAUGA